AUGAAACUAUCAGCAACAACUAUUAUUGGACUAUUUGUCUUUACUUUUGCUUUACUUUCAAUUUCAGAAGCAAACAUGUUCCCAAACCGUAACAGUUUUUAUACUUACAAAGGUUUGGUUGAAUCACUCAAUUCCUAUCCUGCAUUUGCCAAUGAAGGAGGUAGUAAUGUUGAAAAGAUGGAAAUGGCUGCUCUCUUGGCUCAUGUCGACCACGAUACCAAUGGAUUAAAGAUAGUUCGUGAAAGUAACAAGGAUAAUUACAAUUUGUAUUGUGAUCCAGCUGGAUCGUGUGGUUCAAAGCAAUAUUAUGGUAGAGGCCCAUUACAACUCUCUUGGAAUUACAACUAUGCAGAUGCUGGAAAGGCUCUCAAGUAUGACCUACUCAACAACCCAGACUUGGUUGCUACCGAUGCCAAGAUUAGUUGGUCUACAGCCCUAUGGUUCUGGAUGGCCUCUGGAGACAAGCCAUGCCAUAAAUCAAUUGUUAUUGGAUCAUUCUCUGGUACCAUCAGAACUAUCAGUGGUGGCAUUGAAUGUGAUGGCCGCAACUCUGAAGAAAUGCAUAUGCGUAUCAACUCAUACAAAAAGUUUUGUGGUAUCGUUGGUGUCAAUCCUGGAAAUGAUCUGUCUUGUUAA